AUGGCCGCUUUGCAGUACCUCGUAGAGCACAAUCCUCUCUAUCGAGAUGUAACCAUCAACCAUUCAGCUGUGAACAAUUGGGCUGAGGAUUUCAUCCCCUCUGAGCUACAAGAUCAUGUCAUUUUCACAGGUGACACAGAUCAUCAUGAACGAGCCGGUUACACAGUUGACCUGAAAGACCACAACUACGAGAAUGACUGGCAGGCUGCAGAAGAUGAUGUUUCUGAUCCUACUGGAAGUGCUCCUCUGCUGACUGGUUCUGUUUCUACGGACAUCAAUGCCGAACGCCAAAGCCCGGAUAUGCGAAUGCUCAAUGGUGUCUAUCACCUUCUGAAUAGCCGAUCUCAUACUACUAGCCAUGCAACUGCUGGUCCUCCCAGUAUAGAACAAAUAGAUCAACCUCGUGUCUCUCAGGCCAUGCCCGUGAUUAAAUACACGAUUCGAACCCAUGCAACCUUGCCCAACCACUGGCAGGGCACUCAUUAUUUCCUUACCGCCUUCCCUACACUUUUUCCAACAGGUGUGGGAGGUCAUCUGGACAAGCGUUCAAUUCCUGUUUCCCCUACUGCAUAUGCAGACUGGGCUUUACGCCACCACAGCUGA